UUUUUGCCUUCAUAGCAGCAGAAGUGAAAGAAGGAAUAUGGCCGGUUUGACGUGUCGGCGGGCCGUCCACUUGUGAUUUUGUUGUUCCCCAAAGUUCAGUAUCUCCAUGAAUCUCACCCUAUGUAAUCUCCUAUUGUUAUUGUGAUUCCCCUAUUCUAGUUGAGAGUCGUGAGGGAAAGGAUAUUCCAAUUCACCCCCGCUCAAUCUCAGCUGUAUUACUACUAAGUCUCAAUACCUUGGAUCUGCUUGACAGGCAGGACGUAACUUCCGGACAUCACUACGUCGUCGACUUUCUUUUUUAUUUAUUUGUGAUAUUGAGUUUUUUGUGUACUCUAAAACAUGUCUCUUGAAAAGAGCCUUAUCAUCGAAAAUGAUGAAUCCCCACCUGGGACGGUCAGACUCAUAAAGCAGCUAUCAGAACCUAACGAUUUCAACAGCAGCAUCAACAAUGCUCACUCUUCUGUGCUGAUUUCUCGUCAGAGCUCGAGCAAGUCCCUAGGCCGUUCUUCAACAGCAGAUUCCAGCUUUGACAGCAUCUCCCCCGAACCUCUAAGUCUAGAAAGCAGCGAAGAACAAUCGACGACGUCAAUCCGGAAUCGUAUCCGCCGGAGUGAAACACUGCCACCAACCAUCUGUUUAUCCGAAGGAAAUUCGGCUGAAAUUCCGAAUGGAAACAUGGCGGCCGGAUUGGACCAUGGAGGAGGAUCUUCUCAUCUCGUGUCACCGGAACGCUUGGCUCCCGCACUCUCGUACCCUUGCCUCUUUACGGCCACGACGACGUCGUCGGGUCAAUUAUCGACGACCGCAACAUCCACCUCUGGCAUCGCCACAUCCACCCUGCUCGCCUCGUCGCCCAAUUUGGCAGGGUCCGCAGUGGAGGCAACAACACUAUCGACGUCAUCCUCAUCCAACAGCAAUUCUUCGUCUUCGGAAGCGACGGAAGCGACCACAACCGGGCCGGCGGUUGCAGUUUUUUCAUCCUCGUCCCCCUUGAACAGCAGCUCCUGCAAUGGUUCCGUAGCUGAUCAUGAACUGAAUCCUUUAGUUUCACCCCCGUCGCCCAUCCUUGGUGGCCAUCAGAGGCCGUCCAGGUCCCGUAGUCCAUCCAGCCCGUCGCCAACGCGACACAAUGAGUCGUCUAGUAGAGAAGCUAGUCUGGAAAAAGCAUCCGCUAUUGGAACGGGAGCAGUUGAUGUUUCACUAGAUCAAAUAUCCGUAGAAGGCGGUGAAUCGGGAAGUGCUGGAUCGAUGCGAUCCUUUGAACAUUUACCAAGAAAUACGCCAAGUGGUCCGGAAAGUACCAAUGGCAGCAAGCAGGGCCGUAGUGGUGGAAGGAAAAAGUCUGCCUGGUACCAAAUGUUAAAUCCAACGUACCGUUCACGUUGCGAGGAUUUCAAACGAAUUUUCAAAGAUUUGCCCGUGGACGAGCGAUUGAUUGUCGAUUAUUCGUGCGCACUGCAACGCGACAUUUUAUUGCAGGGUCGCAUUUACGUCACACAAAAUUAUCUCUGUUUCUACGCCAAUAUUUUUCGCUGGGAGACGCUGGUUCAACUUCGUUGGAAGGAAGUGUCUUCGCUGACAAAGGAGAAGACGGCCCUGGUGAUCCCCAACGCCAUCCAAAUUUGUACGGAGACGGACAAGCAUUUCUUCUGUUCCUUCGGUGCCCGCGACAAGACGUACGUCGUCCUCUUCAGAACUUGGCAGCAAGCUCUUCUUGAUCAGCCACUGGGCAAUCAGGAAUUGUGGAAAUUUGUCCACUCUGUGUACGGAACGGAACUGGGUUUCAGCAGCAACGACGAGGCUGGAACAUCUACAUCCAUCGUCUGCGGCGUCAGCGCUUCUGCCGGCGAGGCGUCUCCUCUCUCUGAAGUCAAUCAAGUCCAACCGUCCAUUUCUUUGCAGCAACUGAGCUCACCGAGUCCGUCAUUGCAUUCGGCCCAAACGUCCAACGACGACGACAGUGGCAACGUCGUCCAUCCCAUCAGUCAUAACGUCAUCCGCAAUCGUCAUCAUCACUACAGCCGACGUCUUCAGCUGCCAAGUGACACGACGGGGUCAGAUUGGAGAGAAUCACUGGGCAUCAGUAGCAGUGCGGGAGGUGACGGUGGUAGCAGCGUAUCAGCUGUUGGAGGUGGGCCAAGUGUCAUCAUCAUGAAGGACAUACCGUCUGCUGGAGGUGGCGGAAAUGCAGGCGACGCCGACGUGCCUCCGCGUUACAGCGAGACGUCCGAAUCGGAAGAUGAUCGCUACAUGAAUGACGAGGCCGUUCAAUGUCCCGUCCUCCAUGAAGGCCGUGAAAUGGUUAACAUGGUCAUGCCAAUGAGUGUCGACGAGUUGUUCACUCUCCUCUUUACCAAUUCCACAUUUUACAUUGAUUUCAUCACGACAACACGCAAAUGCACAGAUUUGCAGGUGAGCCCGUGGCAAGAAGCUGAAACAAAUCCAGCGGAAAAAUUCCGCACUGUUGCAUUUACAAUUCCAUUAAACAACAACAUUGGCGUUAAAAGUACGCGCGCAGUUGAAAGUCAGACUUUGUUGGAUGUAAGCCGAGCCGGUGAUUUCUAUGCGAUUGACGUGGAAGCUUCAAAUAGCGGAAUUCCGUAUGCUGAAACGUUUGCCGUUUGUUGCCAUUGGUGUCUGAUGCGUUCCGGAUAUCGAAAGUCCCGUCUCGUCAUCUACUCGCAAAUCAAAUACAAAAAAUCCGUCUGGGGCAUCGUCAAAACUUUCAUCGAAAAGAACGCCUGGGCCGCUUUAGAAGAGAAUUUUAGUCAAAUGAAACGGAAUUUGUUGUCGAUGCAAUCGUCGAGAGAUGCUGAAGAUGUCAGAAUCGAAAGGCGGGCCGAAUUGCCUUCGUCUUCUGGCACGGGAUCUGCGGGAGUCGUCGGACCGAUGGGCGGAAACGCAUCGGUGAAGAAACGACUCCACUCGAGAGCCAACAGGAGACGCAAGGACGGGAUGAUGGACAACGGCCUGGAAAAACGAGGAUUGAUAGAAUCCCCUCGAUCUUCAGGCAGCGUCAAACAAUCGGGGGCUGGAAGUGGCGCUAGUGUCGGUGCUGGACGUCUAAACAAGACGGCGAUUUCCUCAUCAUCGUCCUCACCGAACCCACCGUCUUCAUCAACGUCGCCAUCUGGCGGUUGCAGUGCGGUGUUUUACGUGGUGUUGGUUUCUUUGAUCCUUUUGCUAUGCACCAACGGCUUCCUGUUCUCCAAAAUUUGGGCUCUGGAACAGCUGGCCGAAGAAUUAGCUCGUCAUCCGCCAUCUUGCCUUUCAGCCGCCAACAUGGCCGAUCUCCGUGUAUUAACAGCCCAACCAAAGUCACCGGAAGAGUGGAUGAGGAUUUUGCGCCAACAAGAGACGCUCUAUCGAUCCACCGAGUCCAAAUGGCGAUCGACUCUAUCGGCCAUGAGUGGCUACUUGAAACAAACGCAAGAAUCGCUGACGAACUUGGAAAAAGAAAUCGAACCCGAUUCAGAUUUGAUUCGGGCCAUUUUAGAGAAAAUUCAAUCACCUGCCUCUUCUUCACUUCCUGUUCAAUACCAUCCGCCUCGAUCAGCUGAUGAUCACGCAGAUUUGCCCAGUUAGCGUUUAGGGGGGGGGGGAAGAUUCAUCACUUUGUCCAAUUCCAUUAUGACCACCUUUUAAAUCACCACACGUACAGGUACACACGCAACGGGCAGGAUCCCCCCUGUUAAGUUUGAUUUUCUUUCAUUAUUAUUAUUACCUAGCUAAAAGAAAAUCUAUAUAUUAUAUUCAAAGAAAGGGGAACCGAGGUAGUUUAGCAGCUCCACUCUAAAGUAUUUGAAAUGAUUCCAAAAUAAUGUGGUACUCUUUAACUGCGAUAAUCCCCACCAUCACACCCCUUUAGAAAAAAAUCUUAUUAUUUGUCAUAUCAUCGUGUUUAGAUCUUGAAAUAGGUUGAAGAAUUCUAGUUGUCUAUCCGUCUCGUGUAUGUUAAUUCGUAUUGAAUCAUCGUACAUAGAUCCCAGUCAAAAUGAAGAAAAAAAACA